AUGGCGCCGUUUUUCUGUGGCACCUGUCCACCAAGAAUCACCGUGGAGACGACCCUCCCUGUCUUAGAGGUACAAGCGUGGGCUACCCCUAUCAUCACCGAUCGCCUUAUUAUUCGGCCACUUCGUUUAAAAGAUUUGGAGGGAUUCAAUGCCCUUUACAGUCAACCGGAAGUCACAGCAUUAGCCUUUGAAGGUGGAGAAGAUCCCCAAUAUAACCUAACCUCUAAUUUCAAAUUACUAGUACGUCGUCUGAAACCUUGGGAACAAAAAAAUAUAUUCUUUGCAAUCCUCAGUCGGACUUCAGAUGGUGAAGAAGGGGACUACAUUGGGGAACUGGGUAUGCAGUUUGGUGAUGGUUGGCCUGAAAUCUUUUAUCUGCUCAGAAAAGAGUAUUGGGGCCAAGGAUGUGCGACUGAAGCUGUCAAAGGCUUUAUGAAAUUCUGGUGGGAUCUUCCUCGAAGUGCUGCAACUUUCGAAGUACACCCUGAUUCUAUACAUGGACCUGGAGGUAAAGAAGAAGACUCUUCUGGUUCUCCGCCUAAAGUCAAGGAGCGAAUGCUUGGUAAGGCAGAAAAGAUUAACGGUUCAAGUCAAAAGGUACUCCUAAAAUCAGGGUUUGAGCGUAUUGAGCGAAUAACCACUGGUUUGAUUCAGUUUCAAUGCAUUUACCCUCUGGCUGAUGUUGAGCUUGAAGCUUACCGCGAAAACACUAUGACGCUUUAA